CGUUUAGUCUUCAUCUGACUGCGGUAACGAACGGUCGCAGUUUUCCCAACUGAGCAGCAAAGUCGAUCUGAAACUGCAUAUGCGAAUAUUCAAGCAAUAUCAAUUGACGGAUAGUAAUUGCAACUCGAACGCGCAAAGUACUGCCCCUUCGCUGUUCCUUCCAACGUGCUGCCUAUUUCGCCAAAAUAAUUCACUCCAAAUAGACCACAGCCGCAUUCGUGUUUUCCAAUCAACCAAUUGAAAUAAAUAAAAUAAUAAUAAUUAUACAUGUUCGUACAAAAAAAUACGUAAAUCCAAUGCAAAGUGAAAAUCUAAGCUAUGCAAAAGCAUAGUGGAUGUGUGAUAUAGCUCAAUUAGAAUCAGAAUGCACUGCCAAACGGUUUGAAAAAUUGGCAAUGAUAAUGUGAAUUUUCCCUGCCCCACCCUCGUCAGCAACUGAGCAUUGCAGUGCUCUCUAAGUGCCUCUAAGUGUUGUUGUGUGUCAAACGCAAUUUUAUAAAUGAAAAUAUUUUCAUAACCAUUUUAACUAUAAAUGAUUAACAAAAGUGUACACGUUAAAAAAUAAAUAAACCUGCAUAAAAAACAUAUAUAUAAUGAAAACAUAAUGGAUAAGCGUCUACUUGGAUUACAUCUUCUUCAAAUGAUACCAUCAAACAGCAACUUCGGCUAGACAUACCCAUUAGCCAGCGGAGAUCGGGUCAGACAGGCCUCUGGCCGGCCUGUGGCCUACCUUAUGCCGAAGAGCACGUCAAAAGACCAUAAAUGCGUGCCCAAAGCGGAUUCCUGGACACACAUGCGAAUUUGGUCGAUGUCAACCAUAUUGGAAAUGACAAUAAAACAUUUUAUUUAUAUAUUUACCGUAUACGCUGUAAAAUAAAACAUAACGCAAAGCAAGGACUUUGGCCUUAACAAGCCUCUCGCUACGAUGCAUCCACCUUCCUCUCCAAUAACAACAACAACAAUAAUUAAUAUACAAGUAUCGGGACAAAUAACACGUUUUACAAACAAUACUAUUUAAAUAUUGUGAAAACUAUACACUGCCUUAUUGAAGAUAUAUCGUAUAUAUACAAUCGCCUUUACACCUUUAUAUUAAAUAAAAUAUAUAUACACUUUACAAACAAAAAGAAAAAAGAAAAAAAAAACAGCCAAAACCUGAGGAAAACUAUUAAGAAACUGUUAACGGACUUGGAGCUCUCAAUUUUAGAGACGUUUCACCAAGAAUUGGAAAGUCAACUAGCAGCUAAUUGAGCAUCAAUUCUAAAAUAUACAUAUGAUAAGAUAAUGGAUAUGCUAAAGGGUUUCAAUCACAAAACGUCCAAGCCAAGCAGCAUAUACUAAAUCAAUUUACAAGUUUAUCAUUCGUAAAUGUAAAACAAGAAUCAAACCAAAUCAAACCGUCUUAUUGAAGUGCCUACAAAUUUAUAAAAGACUCCAAAUAUUGUGUUCAUUCUAAGGAAGCAAGUGUGAUAAGCAACAUUUAUCAAGUAACAAACGGAUAAUACUUUAAUCAUAAGCAGUACCUAUAAUUAAGCUAUCUACAUAAAUAUUUCAAGUGAAAAGAGGAAGAGAAAACGGCUACACACUGGCAGUUAACAGUAUUUGCAGUGCAGGCUUUGCCCUAUCAGCGAUGCCAUUUAUCGAUGAUGCACUGCUCUGGUGUCCGGAUAACGAUGGUCGUCUUGUUGGUGGUCUAGACCUGGCAACAUGCAUGGCACAGGAUGACUCUGCGGUAAAUGCUGAAAGCAUCAACCCUACGGUUCAGACAGGUGGAUUACAACAGCAGCAACAGCAACAGCAACAGCAGCAGCAUCAACAGCAGCAACAGCAGGAGCAGCAACUAGCAACGGACUGUCAGGAGCUAAGUGGAUCUACAGCGGAUCGCAAUGUGAAUGUGGCCGUUGAGCCUCUUUGCGGGAGCGACUCAUCCGAUGAGCUCUUUCGUACGCUCUCCGAGAGCAAUUUUGAGAUUGAAAGCCUGCUGUCCGAUUUGGCGACCGUUGAGGUCAAAGUCGAAAAUGAGGAGAACAACAACAACAACCACAAUGUCAUCAGCGACAAUGACUUUGCUCGUGUCGCCGCCGCAGUUGUCGCUGGCGACGAUCUGUUAUCCAAAGAGAAUGCUCAACUGGCCGUCCAAGGCCUUGUUGAUUCGGUAAGCGCAAGUCUAGCAGAUAGCGGCAACGCUAAUGGACAACAUGAUCAAAGGAUAGCAGCCUUUGGAUCUACCGCAGCGCUGGCGGCGGUGUCUCCUGCAGCAAAACGAGCUGGUUUCCUUCUCUCGUGUGAUAUGAUCAACAACAACAACAGUAACGAUAACUGUUCACCAGAAGAGUCACGUUAUGUGACAGGGACGAGCGCAUCAGCGAAUCCUUUGUUAGUGGAAAAGCUGAUGUCGAAGCGGUUUAAUGUUAACAAGCGAUCCGACAAAUUGAAUGAUACUGAAAUUCCUAUUGUCAAGCAAUCAACAAGCCCUUCGCCGCAUCAACAGCAACAACACCUGCAGCAGCAGCAGCAUCAACAGCAACAGCAACAACAAACUUUCGUAGGUGCUACAUCUCUACUACAUAUAAAGACCGAACAGAACGCGUUAUUAACUCCGCUACAGCAGCCCCAACAGCCAGUGACCAUACAGAGUAGCAAUGUACAUCAGCAGGCGCAACAACAGAAUCAGAAUCAGAAUCAGAAUCAGAGCCAGCAGCCAUUGGUCAUGCCGCAUCGGCCAUUGCUGCACAAUCUACUCAGCGGCGGUGCAAUUCAUAAUCCGCAUCACAGAAAUUAUACGGCUGCCACAACAGGGUCAUUUCCACCCAGUCCGGCAGACAGCGGUGUCUCCGAUGUGGACAGUUCCAGUUCUGGUGGCCAGCCCUGCGCCGACGAGUUAAAGGCCAGGUUGGGCAUGCCCACAUCGACUGCUGCGGCAGCGGCGGCGGCGGCGGCGGCUGCUGCGCACCUGCACACGGGAACUUUUUUGCAUCCGAAUUUAUAUCAGAAUAACGCUGCGAAUUCUUUGCGAAAUAUAUGGAAUCGCAGUGUUGGAGUGUCGGACAGCUACUUUGGGAGCAGUGGAGCUAAUGGCAACGUUGUUAGUUCUGGAACACCUGGAACGCCCAGCUAUAUGACAAGCUCCUACUUUAACUCACCACCAGGGCCUACAACGGCAGCGGCGGUUGCUGCGGCAACGCAACGCAAUAGUGUCUCUAAUGGUUUUAGCAAUCACCAGCAUCAUUCCCUGCAACAGCAACAACAGCAUCAGCACACUGCACAGCAGCCGCAGCAUGUGCCGCAGCAGCAAUUGGCGCAUCACCAGCAAUUGCAUCAUCACCAGCAGCAGCAGCAGCAGCAGCAACAGCAGCAGCAGCAACACUCUCAGCUGACAGCACCUCAACUGGCGUCGGCGCAUCCUCACCAGCUGCACAUCAGCAACGCAGCGCAGCAGCACACGCAUUCCACAUUAAGCGGCGCAGCGCCAGCAGCAGCCUCCGUUGUUAGUAGCAGCAGUGCAUCCAAUGGGAUGCUGAAUUUGGGUGGAACGCAGAACGUGGUGCAGCAGGCGGCCACGUCGAGUGUUAACUAUGAUCUCUCCUACAUGUUGGAGCUGGGCGGAUUCCAGCAGCGUAAGGCAAAGAAGCCACGCAAGCCCAAGCUUGAGAUGGGCGUAAAGCGGCGCAGUCGCGAGGGCUCCACUACAUACCUGUGGGAGUUUCUGCUCAAAUUACUCCAGGAUCGUGAGUAUUGUCCGCGCUUUAUUAAAUGGACUAACCGGGAGAAGGGCGUCUUCAAGCUGGUGGACUCCAAAGCGGUGUCGCGUUUGUGGGGCAUGCAUAAAAACAAGCCAGACAUGAACUACGAGACGAUGGGUCGGGCCCUGCGCUACUAUUACCAGCGUGGCAUAUUGGCCAAGGUUGAUGGCCAGCGCCUGGUUUAUCAGUUUGUCGAUGUGCCCAAAGACAUAGUUGAGAUCGAUUGCAAUGUGGUGUGAGCCUGAGCCUGAGCCUGAGCCUGAGCCAAGGCAACAUUUUUGUAAAUAAAAUGAAUUCGAGUGAAGAAUUCAUAUGAAGAAAUGAUAACAUUGAUAUGAGAGCUGAACCGGCUAGCGGCAAUAGUAAAAUGCAUCAGGCAUCCAAAAUGCAUACUUAGUUGUAUAAAGUUAAAGCAUUAUUAAUAUGUAUAUGUAUGUGUGUGUAUAUGGCUAACCUAAGUUUGCGAUAGGACAUACACUAAUUCGUUUUUAAAAUUGUGAGAAAGCUUUUUGUACAUGUUGAGUUUUUAGGUUUAAAUGCAGCCGAUUAGUUGUAUUCGACAUAAGAGGAAGAGUAUAAAUUACAUAGUUUAUAUAUACAUACAUAUAAACC